CAAAAAUAUGGCGCCCGAGUGAAGGACGCCGUGUCACUAAAUCUCUGAGAUUCGAUAGAAGUUUUGUAAUUUACUAAAACGAAGCACGUCGACGGAGAUAAAAUGAGUAACCUCUCGCCCUUCGGCGGUGGAAAGAACCCGCCCUGGGUUCGCAAUGCAGGGCAAGGGAUUCAAAACAUUCAGCAACAAAUGUUGGGCCAAGCAAUGGGAAAUAUAGGUGGCCAACCCAUGGUUCAAUAUCAGCAGCAAACUCAGCAAGUAUAUCAACAAAGCUUAGGAUUGCAACAACCGAAUAUAACGAUGGCAUCUAUGGCUACACUAGGCUCAAAUUUGCCAUCGGGUAUAGCAGGACAGUUGUAUCCACAAGUCGCAACGGUUUCGUAUCCAACACCAAGAACGCUGAAUACUAAUGCCUUUCAACAAUCUGUAGCAAACGUUGCUCAACAGGUGCAACAAAAUGUACCUGCAUCGUCUACAAAGCAAAGAGUAUUUACGGGUACGGUGACUAAAGUUCAUGACAACUUUGGUUUUGUAGAUGAAGAUGUUUUCUUCCAACCAAGCGCCUGUGUAAAAGGGUCCAGUCCAGUAGUAGGUGAUCGCGUACUUGUAGAAGCAUCUUAUAAUCCCUCUAUGCCGUUUAAAUGGAAUGCCACUAGAAUACAAGUCCUCCCUAUGGGAAAUAGUACUAAUAACACGCAAAACCAGCAAGCCAACCAAAACAAUCGUUCACAACCUAAUCGGCCUGCUGGAACGUACAAUGCUGUGCCACCUCCUACAGAAAACACCAAUAAUAGGUUUACAACUAGCACUACCAGUAGCAAUACAACUGCAAGUAAUAGAACCAAGGUUGGGAGAACUAGGGAGCGGUCCCCUCGUGAUCGCCGAAAUGAGGAAGAAGAAGUUGAAAGAAAGAGGCGUAGGGAGGAACGAAUACGGGAACGAGAAAAGAAAGAGGAACGUAGUCCUUCAAGAACAAGAAGGAGUAAAUCGCCGAGGCCACGUCGUAGAACGAGAGUAGUGCCGCGAUACAUGGUACAAAUACCAAAGAUAGCGCUCGAUUUACCUGAAGCAGAUGUUCUGGAAAUAAGAAGACGCUAUCAAAACAUGUACAUUCCUAGCGACUUUUUUUCUACGAACUUCAGAUGGGUCGAUGCCUUCCCACCUCAUAUGCCAUUUACGCUCAAUAAGCCGUGUUCCUUCCACGUCAUGCAUAAAGAUGUUGAUCCUUACUUUGAGAAUACAGCUGUGCUAGAACCACCAGAUGCGGAUUACUUAUUCUCGGCAAAGGUAAUGCUUAUUUCAAUGCCUGCCAUGGAAGAAAUAUAUAAACGAUGCUGUGGUGUUACCGAAGACCGCGAUCCUGAUCGAGAUUAUGUCCACCCUACUCGUCUAAUAAAUUUCCUGGUGGGUUUACGAGGAAAAAAUGAAACUAUGGCAAUCGGUGGUCCGUGGAGUCCAUCUCUAGACGGUCCUAAUCCAGACAAGGAUCCAUCCGUCCUUAUCAGAACGGCGGUCAGAACCUGCAAGUCUCUCACCGGCAUAGACUUGUCCAGCUGCACCCAAUGGUACCGCUUCCUGGAACUCUACUACAGACGAGCUGAAACUACCCACAAGUCGGGCCGGGUGGUACCCUCUCGCGUUGAAACCGUCAUACUAUUUCUCCCAGAUGUUUGGAGCUGUGUGCCGACCCGGCUGGAAUGGGACGGGCUGCACGUCAACUAUAAGAAGCAGCUGGAGCGAAAGUUGAUGCGCGCCACCUCUAACCCCGACGAUUCGGACGCUGCCAAUGACACUGAUGAGGCUGCCGUCGCUGAUCAAAAGGACGAAUCCCUGCCUGAGAAGAAGGACCCCACUCAUUACUCCGAGCUGGAUCCUAAAUCCAUGAAUGUGAACGAGUUACGUCAAGAACUUGCUGCUCGUAACCUGAGUUCCAAAGGGCUGAAGUCUCAACUACUUGCGAGACUUUUGAAAACCGUUAAGUCGGAACAGGCGAAAGAAGAGGGACGACAGGAUGAAGCGGAAGAGAACGAGGUAGAAGCUUCUCCUCCAAAAGACGAAUUAAAGGAUGAGAAGAAAAUAAAGGAUUGUAAAGAGCACGACGAAGACAAGAAGAAAAUCUACGAGAGGGAACGCGCUCUUCUCGAGAAACGAUACACCCUUCCGGAAGCUUCGCAUAUUAUUGUACAUCCUUCGAGAACGGCCAAAAGUGGAAAAUUUGACUGUACGGUAAUGUCUCUUAGCGUCUUGUUGGAUUACAGACCAGAGGACACGAAGGAACACUCCUUCGAAGUGUCUCUCUUUGCCGAGCUGUUCAACGAAAUGCUUAUGCGGGAUUUUGGCUUCCGCAUAUAUCGCUCGCUAUGCAGCCUUCCGGAAAAGCCGAAGGAAAAGGACGAAGAUAAGAACAAGAACAAGAAGGACGACAAGAGGGAAGAAAAGAAGGACGAGAAGAAAAAGGAUGACGAGAAGAAAAGUAAUAAGAAGGAUGACAAACGUGAGGAGAAAAAGAGAGAAGGCAGUAAGGACAAGAAAGACGACGCCAAAACUAAACUGGAUGACAAGGAUAAAGAAAAGGAGAAGAAUGAGGAUGAAGACGAAGACGACGAAGAAGAAUCCGAGGACGACGACUCUUUGAAAGAUGGCAAGAAAGAUCGCGAUAAGGAUGGAAAAAGAAGAAAAGCGAAGCUUUAUACUCACGAUCCUUACCUUCUCCUGUCUUUUGUAUACUUCGAUCAGACUCACUGUGGAUACAUCUUUGAUAAGGACAUCGAAGAAUUAAUCUACACGCUAGGCUUGAAUUUAUCGAGAGCUCAAGCACGCAAAUUGGUACAGAAAGUGGUCACCAGAGAUUCGUUACAUUACCGAAAGUUAACGGAUAAAUCUAAAGAAGACGACCCCAAAGAAGACAAGAGGGAUGAGGGUAUCGAAUGUGGAGGUAAAACCGAAGGGGAUGAGGAGGUCUUACGGUCGUUAGCUCUAGGAAACAAGAAAUUGUUACCUGUGUUCGUGGAUAGUGGCCCGCCGUCGAAAAGGGCACGACGCGAGGACAGCACGAAUCAUCAAAACGAGGGUGAGAUUCCUACUGACGGAUUCGUUAUGUACAAAGGCUCUCUACUGGACGUAGAAAAACUGAUAAGUCAACUGAGGAGAUCCGAGAAAGCCCGGUUAGACACGGAGGAUCGAAUGAUGGAGUUACAGCACGAAUUAACAGUAGUCAAUGACAAGUCGAAUAAACAGACCAGUUCUAUUAAAGAUCUUUCUGACGAUCUAAGAUUGUACAAAGACAAAUUAAGAAAUACGGAUGAGAAACUAAAGAAGACCACGACCGAGUCUCAUACGUACCUCACCACCCUGAAGAGCAUUUACCACACGGCGGCCAAAGUCGUACAAGGCGACUCGAAGAAGGUGGAAAUAGUAGAAAUUACCGAUGAAAAAAGCGGAGCAGCCGAAAUGAAUGGCUCGCAGGCGGAAUGCAAAUCGAAAACUGACACGAGAUGGAGCGACAAUAAGGCUACGAUAAAGAAAGAGCUUGCCGAGGCCGAGAAAGAGAAGAAGUGUGAAAAUAAGGUCCUUGUUAAGAAGGAGCCCGUUGAGGUCGAUAAAGAAAAAAAUAAAUAGCCCACAUAGGUUGUAUUUAUUAUUUAUGUUCCGCCGAGAAAAAAGGUACUGUCGUAACAUUCUAAUUGCUCCAUAGCCAAUAAUGUGUGUGCUUAACGACAGUAGUGACUAUCAAAGUGGAGGGACGAGAAUUGGUUCAACAGUCGAAGAUAACUCCGUGUGUUUAAUGUUAGUCUUCUUCUUUUUUUUUUUUUUUGCAAUGUUUCCAUUCGGUUUCUUUGAUAGAAUAUUGAGCGUGCAUAAGUACAUUGCCGCCAUACGUAAGUGCCGCCGAAAGUAACGCGUUCGUUGUUGAUGUGUCGGGUAAUAGGAAAGUACUCAAUUGCAAUAUUAUUCUCCGUCUCGAAUUUUUAUCUUGGAUUUGUGUAUAUAAAAGGGAAGUUUUUGAACAGAUUCUUAAAAACUCAGCUUGAGUGAAUCGUAGCUUAGCUGGUCGGUAUCAAUCCAUUUAAUAUAAACUUUCUAGCCAUUUGAAAAUUGUCAAUUUAGCGGCCUUCCUUGUAUACACUCUGGAUGAGUCGUAUAUUGAGUUAUUGAAAUACAUGUAAUUUUUCGACGUAAUGCGUGCACCGAACGUCUAAAUUACCACUGCAAUAAAUAUUCGCACUAUGAUUCAAUAUUGACAACUGAUUGGUACUCUACUUGAUUUCUUUUUUUUUUUUUUCAUUCUGUUGAUACUUAAAAAUACGUACAUUUUCGUACAUAAAAACUAAAGCACGAAAAUAAACGCGGAAUAGAACUCCAUUGACAUGGGCGUGAUUUCGGUGGAAAUAUUUUGUUUGCUUUUAGUGAAGAAAUGUGAAGAAAAUAGUGAGAAUCGAUUCUCGUAAAUGAAUUUCAAUAUACAGGAAGAAAGUUGGAAAAAAAAAUGUAUCGUUUACUAGUGACCCCUUUAAUGACACUCUGCUGUUAAAAUAACAUUGCGUUGUUCGGUAUAAGUGUAUGUACUCAUGUCCAAUUUUUAUUUCUAAGUUCGGUGAUUGUACAUGUACCAACACUGAAUCAUCUCGUAAAAGUAAACAAAAAAAAAUCUUAAUAAAAUUUUCUAAUAGAUGUUUUCUAAAAGCUUAAGCAGAUGCGACACGUGUAACAUAUGUUAAUUAUAUAUAUAUACAUAUUUAAUACCAAGCUCAGUUAAAAUCAUCCCGGUGCACAUAUAGUGUAAAGUUGUUACUCCGGCGCAGUUUGAAUAUUACUUUACAUUGCGGGAAGAGUUACCGAAUCUCUAUAGGGUUAAAGAUUUAAACCGAUGUGUACAAUGAAUUUUCCAUGAGUUCUCAAGACGUCAAUUAUAAGAACCUGUUAUUAGUUAAAGUCAAUUCAAUUAAACUGAUAUAAUGCAACUGCGUA